UUCAAUCUUCACAAGAUGAACAAAUUCGUAUCUAUUCUUGCAUUUUUAGCCAUUUUAAGCAUCAAAGUUGGUUCUGCAGCGGAACGUGAAGUGUCAAUCCAAUGUGAACAAUCAAUAAGUGCACUUUGCUUGCUAGUUGGCACCAAAUCAAAGUCAGAGAAGCUUAAAAUCUCAUCUAUCAAUGUGAAUUUUAAGCAGCUAGCAGCAACGAGUGGAACUGGAUAUCUAGCAUUUUUCACUGGCGAUGCCACUUAUCCUGAACACUUCCCAGUUGGGCUGAUAAAAAGCAUUGAUGGAGUUGAAGGUUUUUACUACAACUUUAGUCCACUGAAGUACAUCAAAAGGUCAGAUUUUAAGGAUGGAAGCAGUCUUCGUGCUGUCAGCCUCGAAAGAAAUGAAAUUGAAGCAAUUCCAUUCGACACUUUUUACGACCUUAAAGACCUCAAAUUCAUCAAGCUAAGCAACAACAAAUUGAGACAAUUUCAUCCAGCAACAUUUGCAACUUUACCAAAAUUAGAUACUUUUCUGUUUGACUACAAUCAAGUCACAGCACUUGACCGGAACUUAUUCAAAAGCUCCCCAAAUCUAGAAAAACUUCAAGGAUAUUCAAAUAAAAUUGAGGAACUGCCAAAGGACUUGUUCGUCAAUAAUCAAAAGUUACGAGAUGUGUCGUUUGGCAGCAAUCAGUUGAAGAACAUUCUGAUUGAUUUUAGAAGCCUUAAAGGAAUUGAGAAUGUCAAUAUAGCUGACAAUUAUGGAAAUUGCAAUUUUGUGUACUUUGACGAGAAGCCAUAUGCAGUUAAGGAAGAGCCAGAGGGAUGGGUUUACAGUUUGGCUGAGUUUCAAGCGAAUGUUGAGAAAAAAUGUAGAAAAAUUUAAUAAAAUGAGAAUUGGGGACUGGGUUGGGGGCAUUUGGUGGAUUGAGGGAUCGGAUCAGAAAUUGGGACUGUCUAUGAGCUCUGUUGAUGAGACAAAGAAACCCACUUCUACCUAAAUUAACAUCCCUGCUAUAAUUAAUUUAAUAAAAAAAAUAUUAAAAACCCACAAUCAACAUGAUUUCUGCUCUUAUUAAGCUUAACAUCCUUCAUAUCAUUCCCUCAGGCAUCCAAUGAC